AUGAUUGUCAUUCUAUCCCAUCAUUAUGAUGUUCAGAAGAAGAUACAAUUGGAACUCGAUGCCUUUAUUCAAGCACAUGGUCGUCUCCCUACCUUCGAAGAGCGAGAUCAAGUCCCUUAUAUUAUUGCCGUGCAAAAGGAAUGCAUGCGUUACAAGCCCACCACUUCCUUUGGUAUACCUCACGUGGCUAAUAAUGAUUUGGUGGUUCGCGAUUAUUUUUUCCCCAAAGGCUCUGUAUUAGUUAGUAAUAUGUUCGGUAUGCAUAUGAAUUCCGAUAUCUAUUCUGAUCCAGAAAUAUUCAAGCCUGAACGCUUUCUGAACAACAUUCGAACAAUGUCAUCGGCGGCAAAUGGCAAUGUCAAUCAACGUGAUCAUUUCAACUUCGGAUGGGGAAGACGCACUUGUCCUGGUAUUUAUUUGGCAGAAGCAGAGAUGUUCCAUAUUUUUAUUCGGAUCUUCGCAAACGCAAGUAUUGUACCUUCUUUGGAUGGCGAUAGCAAGGAAGUACCUAUUGAUAUGGAAGUGGGGUUAGAUACUGGAGGUGUCAAUUUGCCUCACCCUUAUCAGAAGGAUACCGAAUUGAGACUUGCCAUGCCAUCGCAUGUAAUGCAAAAAAUACAGAUAGACGACGAUGACGAUAAUAGCGAAAACAUGAAGUUCAUAUUUUGCAUGACAACAAAUCCUGAUGAAACAGCAACCACAUCGGCAAAAGCAACUCUUGGUGAUAAAAGACAAAUCAUCUUGGCCAUAGCUACUAUCAUCUCAGCGAGUAUUGGGUUGCGUUAUCUGUUUUUCGCAAAGAAAGAUAUGACUAGCAAGCAGCGUUUCAAGGACAUCCCCACUCCUAGGCAACAAUGGCCCAUUGUAGGACACCUUCUUUCUCUUGGCCAACAUCCUGGAUAUACCGUGGCAAAAUGGAGUAAGGAACUUGGACCUAUCAUUCAGCUGAAAAUGGGUGUACAAACUUGGUUCGUGAUAUCUGAUCCUGCACUUGCUCAAGAAAUCUUCAUGAUUCAUGGUGUUGCAACAUCUGACCGACCCUCACAUACAUUCCUUACCUAUUAUAGCCACGGUAAAAGGGGAAUUACUUGUUCUGAUGCGGACAAACGGUGGAAACAAGCAAGAGCUGCCGCUUUGUCCAUCCUAUCACCACAACGCGUCAAUGAAUUUACCGGUGUUCUUAUGUAUGAAGCCGAUGCUCUGGUGGAACAACUAGUCUCUCGUAGUCAAGCUGAUGGUCAAGUGGAUCCUGCUCCCUAUGUGCAAAACGCUGCCAUGAAUUUUAUUUUGACAACUUGCUUUGCCACUCGUAUCAACUCCGUGGAAGAUCAACGAUUCAAGAAUAUCAGGGAACAUGCAAUUGCCGGCCUGAAAUUAGCAGGGACUGAAGGCGAUCUUUAUCAGUUUUUUCCGUAUAUAUCUGCUUUGGAAGUGCUUCUUGGGAAGAAAAGAAUGUAUCGUGAUUUUAUUGCGAACUCCAGUGAUCCUCUUUUCACUCGGUUGAUCAAAGACGCCUUGUCAAGUGACAAAGAUUCGAUGGUCAAGACUUUGAUGGCUCUCAAGGAUGAACAUGAUUUGGAUGAUGAGGAUGUCCUUGUGGUUAUGUGUGACCUUUUUGGCGGUGGUAGCGAUACUAGCUCUGUUUCGAUAUCUUGGAUGAUUGUCAUUUUAUCCCACCAUCCUGAUGUCCAGAAGAAGAUACAAGCAGAACUCGAUGCCUUUACUCAAAUACAUGGCCGCAUUCCUACCUUUGAAGAACGAGAUCAAGUCCCUUAUCUUAUUGCUGUGCAAAAGGAAUGUAUGCGUUACAAGCCCCUAAUAACCUUUCAUCUGCCUCAUGUUGCUAGUCGUGACUUGGUGGUCCGUGAUUAUUUUAUUCCCAAAGGCACUGUAUUGGAAACCAACAUGAUUGGAUUGCACAUGGAUCCUGAUAUUUAUCCCGAUCCAGAAACUUUCAAGCCUGAACGCUUUUUGAACAACACUCGAACAAUGUCAUCUUCGGCAAAUGGCAAUGUCAAUCAACGUGAUCUUUUCAUCUUCGGUUGGGGAAGACGUAUUUGUCCUGGUAUUUAUUUGGCAGAAGUAGAAAUUUUCCAUAUCUUUGUUCGGAUCUUCGCAAAUGCAAGUAUUGCGGCACCUUUGGAUGGUGGCGGCAAGGAAGUACCUAUUGAUAUGGAUGCAAUUUUGGAUACUGGUGUUUCCUAUUUACCCCAACCUUAUCAGGUGCGAUUUAUCCCUCGUAGUGUUUCCCCGUUGAAAUAG